AUGGCUACCAAUUCUGAACUACCUCUGGCAUAUGACACAGCAAGUCCCAUUCAAUCCGAACUAGUUGAUGACAGCAGUACACCUCCGGCGUAUGACACAGCAAGUCCCAUUCAAUGUGAUCAAUCAUCUGUAUUUUCCUCUUGUCGCAUGAAGAAGAAACGUACAGCUGUUCUGUCCCGCAUCUGUGAUAUCGUCUUAGGCCCUGAUUUCAUCCCUGAGUCUUCUGUGGUUCCAAAUGUCAUUAUCUGCAUUGAUGCUCUCCCAGCUGCAUUGUAUUGGGCGAUUGUGAACAAUCGGCCACAAGCUUUUUGGGCAUUGCACGGGUUCAUUUCCGGUCAUUAUUCCUAUGUUUGUGAGAUCGACUUACACAUUGCAUGCAUAAUAACCAGCAACCAUGCAAUUUUUAGCCAGCUAAAUUUUGGAGUUUGGUUAGAAUACAAUUUUGUUGCGGGGGGAUGCAUAUGGUUGUUGCACUUCCACAUGCCAGAGCCUACUAAUGGAAUAUGGCGUGUAGAUAUUGGUCUUUGUCAGUAUAGUCAUCCAGCGCGUCUUAACGCUGUACUGGUGAUCGAGGCGCACAACCGGAAACCUGGCAGUGCAGCGCCACCUGAAGCACUGAAAAUUCCAUUAUCAUUGGCGGACACAGGAUCUGUGGCCCUUACACACUGGCUGUAG